CGGAGGGGUGGGUCUCGUGCUGACCUACGCCGUGACGCUGAUAGGAAACGUCCAGUGGACCGUGUGGAGAACACGGUGAGGACGGAGCCGCCGGUUUCAUGUCCGUGUGUUCCCGCUGCGUCAGGUCGGGAGCCGCAGGGAGAGAUCCACACACACGGCGUCCUGACGUCAGAGAUCGGCCUCCACGACCUGCGUCAGAGGAUGUCCAUCAUUCCCCAGUACAAUCCGGGUUCCCCCUUCUAUAAAUCAAAUUGGAUUCAACUACCACCUGUUUGACAGUCGGACCUUUCACCUUGGCUUGGCUUGGCUUGGACGGAGCUCGGAUGGGAGCACAUGCUACAAACAUUUGGGCGGAGACGGCUGUUUCUCAAUAUCACACUCAACUGCGUGAGGACUGUGACCGUCUGCAGAGCGGUCGGGCUCACGGGGAGAACCGGUGCAGGGAAAAGCUCCUCGGUCUCAGCUCUGUUCCGCCUGUUGGAGCCUCAGGGAAAGAUCUACUUGGACGGUAUCCUGACCUCAGAGAUUGGCCUCUGUGACCUCCGCCAGAGGAUGUCCAUCAUUCCUCAGGUUCCUGUGUGUCAGGAGGACAGCGAACCCUUUUAAAAUUAAAGCUUUUAUCGGUGAUGAGCGGCUCGAUUCAGCGGCCGAGCGCCAGGAAACGAGUCGACCGAAAACAAGCCGGACCCAGUGCUGUUUACCGGCUCCAUGAGGAAGAACCUGGAUCCUUUCAACCAACACACGGAUGAGGAACUGUGGAACGCUCUGCAAGAGGAGCAGCUGAAGUCGGUCGUGGAGGAGCUGCCCAGGAAGUUGGAGACGGUUCUGGCCGAGUCGGGCUCUAACUUGAGCAUGGGUCAGAGGCAGCUGGUGUGUCUGGCUGGAGCCAUCCUGAGGAAGAACUGCAUCCUCAUCAUUGACGAGGCCACGGCCAAUGUGGACCCCUGGAGACAAGAGACAAAUCUGAGACAAGUUUGGAGAAUGCAUGGUGCUCACCAUGGCCUCAACACCAUCAUAGACAGUGAGCAGAUACUGGUGUCGUCGGUCAGCUGCUGUCGCCCGGAUGGAGGUGAAAUCUGGGUCUGCACCAGAGGGUGUGUGUAUAUAUGAUGGUUGAGCCUGUGUGAGUGGCGGUGAAAGAACUAGUCUGUCUCUGUCUCUGUCUCUGUCUCUGUCUCUGUCUCUGUCUCUGUCUCUGUCUCUGUCUCUGUCUCUGUCUCUGUCUCUGUCUCUGUCUCUGUCUCUGUCUCUGUCUCUGUCUCUGUCUCUGUCUCUGUCUCUGUCUCUGUCUCUGUCUCUGUCUCUGUCUCUGUCUCUGUCUCUGUCUCUGUCUCUGUCUCUGUCUCUGUCUCUGUCUCUGUCUCUGUCUCUGUCUCUGUCUCUGUCUCUGUCUCUGUCUCUGUCUCUGUCUC